AACGUAUAGAAAAUGUCGAUGUAAAUAAUUAUUAGUUUUACGCGUCUCAAUUACAUUUAGUGAAAUAAUGUGUGAAAAUGGUGAAAAUUCUUAAAAAGUUAUAGUACAGUUAAAUGGAUAUAACUCACUUUUUAAUAAGGUCAUUCCCGCAACAAGAGGCUAAGGAGUAACACUAGCUGACUGGAAGAUAUUUCACCCAACGAAGAAACCACAAAUUCUGCGCGAUGGACCCCAGUAUUCUCGCAGCCAUGGACAAAGAGGCACUGAAAAAGCAGAUCGAAAACAUGAAAUACCAAGCCUCCAUGGAGCGCUGGCCGCUAUCAAAAAGCAUUGCUGCAAUGAGGGAAUAUGUAGAGGAAAAUGAGAAAAACGACCCCCUCAUACACGCGCCUGACAAGAAAAACAACCCUUGGGCCGAAAAAGGCAAGUGUGUCAUCAUGUAAUCAUAAAUAGGAACUAAAAUAUCACCAGAUUCUAAAAUAUACAAUCACAUAAAGGAUGAAGAGUAUAAUAUCACAAGGGAGUUGCUCAAGAUAAUCAAGGUUUUGGAUGACAGUCACGAAGGACCAUCGGGCCAAAGCCUUUUGAUGGAUUCGAUUUCGUUCGUAAUUUGCUUUCACCAUUUCUAGUCUGUUCAGAAGAGUGUACAUUUUGACUGCGAAGGAUGUACUUAUGAAUGUUUCGUUGAAAUUUAAAAUGGUUGUAAAUACGUUAAAUUUUGUAUUUCUAGUAAUAGAAUGUUUGGUCGGAUCAAUCGGUAGAGCUAACGGGGUGGCUAAUAAAUGAAAGUUAAAAUGUAAUGAGAAUAUAAACAAAAAUUAAAUGUGUUACAGCCGUGGUGUUCUGUUUUCGUAUAUUAAGAUUUGAGAAUUUAUUUUAAUCUCAGGUAUUGGGAAUAGCUUCGAUGGAUAUUUGAGUUGAAUCAGUUACCUAUAUUUUAAUGUCAGAACCCAAGCGGUUCCAUGCAAAAACAAAGCAACUUCCUCUUCCAUUAAUUUGUAUGGAAUUGCUGUGGAUUCUAAACUUCACGUAUGUUAUGUCAACUUUUAACUGAUCGUCGAAACUUUGCCAUCGAAACAUAGCAUAAACAACAUUUAAAUGUGAUAAUUCUCUGAGCUCAUGAAUUUUCGCAUUUAAAUAUAUAAUUAUAUUAUAUAAUAAUAAAUCUAUAGGGCAUCGCAUGUCACAACUUAACAAAUGUUGGCGCAUCACACGUUAGGAAUGUUAUGGUUAAAAUUGGCAAUAAAAGGUGUGUAGAUGAUGAGAUCGUGUUUAAAUAUAGAUUAGUGAAAGAAAACUAAAUGUAAGGUAACUGAAUAAAAACAACAUAAUCUUGUUCGAAACCGAAGUAUUGUUAAGCUGAAUUAGGAUACUUUUUUAUGAACACGGGUACAUUCUGCAGUGCCAUUAUCUAAACUUAGCGAUCUAUCUUCUAUUCUACUUUCAAUACCAUAUUCAAUAUUAGGCUUUACCCCUUCGUCAUUUUCCGCUUUUAUAUUCUACAAGUUUACUGUUUUGUUCCCCUCGUUAGGUUUGUCUACAAUUUUAACGUAGCAUUCGAUUAGAAUAGCAUAAUUCAAAAUUAAAUUGAAAAUAAUCUACCUAAGUCGUUGAAAGUUAAUUCGAUCAAUGCAAACUAUCGUAGUUUCCAAAUAAACUUCUUCUAAAUUAUCUCUUAAGAUUUCUCGGAUGAAGACCCUGAAAUGUUUUUAAAGCUAAUGCUUUAAGAAAAUCUCUGGGUUUAUUUAAAGUGUUAGUGGGGGAACCGUCUCAGAGUCCUCGUCCUAAGUAGCACUAAUCUAUUCCAUUUAAAAGGAUUAACUAAAUCCUACUUUGAUUAAAAUAGAAAAGUUUAAAAACUUAUGCACUGUAGAUAAUUUAGUAUAAAAAUAAAAAUCUAACCUUACACUAAAAAAUCUCUAUAAAUUUUAAAAUCUCUUACCCCUUUACCAUAUCUAGAAAUGAAUUACGAGAAAUCAUUCUGGCUGUGAGUAAUUCCAGUUUGUUUAGAUGCUUCACUCAUCUAUCAGUCAGUCAAUGAAUUUUUUAUACGAAGAAAAUGCUAACACCGACAAUAAUUAUUCAUGUUCACGAUUAAUUUGUCUUAGGGCUUCUACAACUCUUUAAGAAGGUCAGUAUUUUUGCGUGUUGGUUGAAUGAACGCAGCUAGAAUUGAAACCCGUGAAUGAACUUAACGAAAUCAAUAACAACCGCGACAAACUUAGUUUCUCUUCAUCUCUAAUGUUAUUAGAAAAAUGUACACACAAAAAUGUAUGAUCUUUUAAAGACUGUGCUAAGUAGAAGCAACGAAUAUCAGGUAUAGAUAAUGCACCACCAAAUUGUAACCUAAGUCAAUUUUUCAUACGUACGCUAACUCGUUCUUAGCCACAACUCCCUUCUGUUCUCCUUCUGUCUCAUCACUUAGUUCUCUCUUAGCUACGAUAGUCUUAACUUAGGUUUAGCAAGUAAUUAGUAGACCUAGGUAUAAAUAAGAAACAAGAGAGUUGUUUGUUAAUCUAAUUAUACUAAAAAUGCAAUUCAGAAAAUUAAUCUUAGACAUAAUUAAAUAAAAAAAAAGUGUAAUCGUCUAUAUAAAAAUUACAUAGUUAAAAUUAAGAACUUGGGAUUACCUUUCGAUGGCAAAGUUUCUGAUUAUUGUAUGAUUUAUGUGGAAUGGGAGCUAUUCUCGAAAUAUCGGUAUUCCGCUAAGUUGUUAUCGUUUGUUUUAAUUUAUUGAUUUUAAUCUAAGUUUUGUGAAACCAAAGAUUUCCUUGUGUGAUUCAAUUAGUUCUGUGAUUUUGAAGAUGCAAUGACAUUUUGAUAACAUCAUCAGAUGUCAUUUGGACGUCAUUGCAUCGUCACUGUCACAUUUUUAAGCUAAGAAUAAACUUAAACAGUAAUUUUUAAUGGAUCAAUCCAAAAUUUAAUAACUAGAUAAGGUGAUAUUGGAAAUGAUUUUUUUAGAAUCAAUAGGUUAAGGUAUCGUAUGUUAUUAUUAAUAUGUAAACAGUAAUCACUGAAAUAAAUGAAAAUCUGUA